AUGGCAGAGCGGAAGACCCAGGAUCAAGCUAACCGGCGCGUGGUGCCGCUCGGUAGUGACGGCGAGGUAGCGGAGGCAAGGGCAACUACCGGCCGCCGCAACAGCGACAAGCUCCGCAUCAAAUCGCACAGCCUUGGUCGGGAGAGGCAAGCAAGGCGCCGUGUGACGCCGCUCGGGGAAGACGAGUCCGAGGAAGCUCGAGAAAGAGGGGUGCCGGUUCCCGCGGUAGGACUCCCACGCGAGGAACCCCCCCAUCCCGGAGAGCCUGGCAGCAAUGGCGGCGGCAGCGGUGGGGGCGUUGGCGGUGUCGAUAGCGGCGAUGGCGCUGCCGGCGCCAGCACCAGCGGGCAGCAAGAGUCGCCGGCGACGUUCACGAGGAACGCCUUCGUGGCCGAGCAGCUCAAGCACCUUGCGAGGGCCGUCAGCAGCAUCCCGUCGUCCCCUGCAGUGGGACAGGAAGCGGGGUGGUGGGGAGACAGAGCAGCCGGGGGAGGAGGAGGAGGAGGAGCAGGAGGAGGAGACAACAACCCGCACACGGGCAGCGCGCCACCCGUGUUCUUGCUUCAGUCCCCCGCCUCGCACCUCUAUCGGCAGCUCCGAUCGACGCCAUCCACAGCGAGCAACACCGAGGCUUCUGGGAGCUCCUCUCGGCCCUUGUCCCACUCUGGAGGCGCUGCUUCGCCCAACGAGAGAGCUGCCGCCGCUGCCGCCGCGGCAGUCACUUUGAAUGCAACCACCACGCCCCCUCGCCUUGGUUCGGCACCAACGCCGGGGGGAAUCCUGCAGUCGCCCGGGGGAGAGCGGGGCGCCGGGGCGGCGGCAACGACCACCUUGGCCGCUGGUUCGGCCGCAGGAGGCGGCGGCGCCGGUGGCCCUGGAGUCCGCGCCGCUCCUUCGCCCGCUGGCCCUCCCGGCGUCGGUGGUGCUGAGCGGGAGGCGUUCUGGUCUCAGGGAUCGACGGUCCAGGAAUACCUCGUCGCCCAGCUGCAGCAGCUGUCGCAGCUGCUGGACUCGCCGCCGCCGCGUCGGGAGGCGGGGCCGCAGACCGGCGCGACGCUUCCAGAGGUGGCGGUGGCCGUGGCACCCGAAGAAGAACGGCGCAGGAGCGUAAAAAGGAGCCUGGAGAGGGCGGGCAGCGGCGGGAGUUCCCUGCAAUACUCGCUGUCGGCCGCGUCCUCGAGGUCCGGUAGCCCCUUCUCGCUCGACGGAACGACGGCAGCGAUGGCUGUGACAGCGGCCAGGAGGGCGUCCCGUGGCAGCGGGAGCGAAGGCGGCGGCGGCGAAGCUAGCGACGAGUCCAGCAAGAUCGACGUGGAGGGCGUAGAGCCAGUGUCCAGUUCGACCACGCCCUCCGCGUUGUUCUCGGCGGGGAGGAUGGUGACAACGCCGCUGUGGCCGCCGCCGGUGCCUCGGGGAGCGGCCGCCCCAUUCGAAGGCGGUGGACUCGCUGCGGCCUCUCCCCGACCGGCGGGAGACGCACGAUCUCCACCAGGAGGCGGAGCCGGCAAGGUCAAAGAGGGCGAGCGAAAAUCUCCCACUUCGGUGUCGCCGCCUCCAAUGGUGUCCCCGUCUCCCGCAAGCGCCGUCGGCAACAGGUACGGCGGCGCCGUGCCGCCUUCGGCGGCGGGGGUGCGACCGGGGACGAGAGUCCCAUCCAGCGCGGCGGUCCGGGAGGGUGACGGCGACAAGGACGUCGAAAAUGGCACCGUCGGCGGCGUCGGCGGCGGCGGCGUGACCGCGGACGGCGGGGGUGACGACGGAGGGCGGCCCGGCAGGGAAAGGUCGACGUCGGCUGCGGCUUCGUCGGCCGCAGCUUCGUCUGGCCACAUAUGGAGCAUGAGGUCCGUCCGGGAAGGGUCGGAGGAGAGCGGCGUGCUUCAUCCCACGAGGAGGCGGUCCUCGUACAGGAGCAGGAGCGGGGCGUCCCACCGCCUCACGGAGGCGUUCGGGCGGGCCAAGCUCUGGCGGCGCAUGCUCGAGUCGGAGUCCCGCACGAGGAGCGCCGUCAUGGCCGGGAUAGAGGACGAGAACAGGGGGGUGCUGGAGCAGGGGCUCGUGCUGCCGUGCGCUCCCUCGGACGAAGAAAAGGAAAUCUACCACAAGACCGGCAGGUGUUUCCUUGUGACUGCUGGCGUCGUUUCGGUAGGCGCUCUGUCGGCGGGCAUGUGGCUCUUCACGUUUGCGGCCCCCUUCUUCUACUGGUUUGCGGCCCCGACGGCCUUCAUCAUGGGGUACCUCUUGCUCUCUUAUUUCGGGGUGGCCGUGUGGGGCAAAGACUUCGACCCGGAGGACCACGCCGCGAGGAUCCGCAAGGCGCAGCACGAGCACUACUACCCGUCCGUCGACAUCUUCCUGCCGGUCUGCCGGGAGCCCACCCACCUGCUCGACAACACCUGGAAGUACGUGCGGGCCCUGGACUACCCCAACGUGACCGUGCACGUGCUGGACGACGGGGCGAAGGAGGAGGUUCGCCAGCUUGCGGAGAUGCACGGGUUUCAAUCGUCCCCGUUUGGCGCGACGAAGGCUCACCGAGAGCAACCAGAGUGGUUGGCUUGGUGGGAAUGCGAGCGGGUCGCUCUGCGCCGGAGUAGGUUCACAGACAUUCGGCGGACCAACAUCCCGGAGCUGAAGAAGGCUGGCAACCUUCGGUACGCCUUCGCUCGCACUUCCGGCGAGGUCUUGGUCAUCUUCGACGCCGACUUCUGCCCCAGGCCCGAGUUCUUGAAGGAAACCACGCCGUACUUCAAGGACAGAGACGUGGCCAUCCUGCAGACGCCGCAGUUCUUCCGGUACCGCGAGGAGCAGACGUGGGUCGAGAAGGGCGCGGGCGUGACGCAGGAGCUCUUCUACCGAAUGGUGCAGGUUAAUCGGAACAAGUUCGACGCGUCGAUCUGCGUGGGCACGUGCGGCGUGUACCGGCGCGAGGCGCUCGCGCCCUUCGGCGGGACCGCGGCUAUCGGGUAUUCGGAGGAUGUGCACACCGGCUUCAACUGCAUUCAGCUCGGCUACAAGGUGAAGUACGUGCCGCAGGUGAUGGCGAUGGGGACGUGUCCCGACGAGCCGCGGGCCUUCUUCAUGCAGCAGUACCGCUGGUGCAUGGGAAGCACCACCCUCCUGUCCAACCGGGAGUUCUGGCAGUCCACCCUGACCAGGAAGCAAAAGCUUUGCUACCUCAGCGGGAUGUUCUACUACUCGGCCACGGCGAUUACGAUCUUCACUGGGCCCCUGCCGGGGAUGCUGCUUAUCUGGUUCAAGCCGGAAGCCGUCCUUUGGUUCAACAUCUCCUUCGCCGUGCCUUCUAUCCUCUUCGGGUACGUCGGCAUGCGUUUCUGGGCGAAGCAGCCGUACGACUUCUGCUGCCAGCGAGUGAAGGUCAUCCAAAGUUAUUCUCACCUGUAUGCUUUGAAGGACAAGAUCAUGAACACGACCAUUCCCUGGGUUCCCACCGGCGGAGGAGCCUCCUCCAGGUCAUCCUCGCAGGCGUACGAGUCUUCCGUCAAGCUGAUGCUGGUCUGGACUAUGAUGUAUACGCUUCUCACCGUUGGGGGCGCCGCCUGGAGGGUAACUGACUUCCCAUGGUACCACUUUGUCCCGACGAUCCUGCUGUCGAUCCUCAACUUCGGCCUGCACAUCAGCACGCUGCUGUAA